AACCCCAAGCUCUCCUUCUCUUUCCCAUGGCGGCGACUCUCCAUUUCCUUCGAGCUCCAACAAUCUCUCGCCCAAAGCCAUGCGAUCCAAAACCCAUUUAUUUCCCUCUGCAAAUCCCGGUUCUGAGUACCAGUCACCGGGAAUCCCUAAGCGGAGGGAUCGUGGCUCGGUCGUACAAGGUGGUGGUGGAGCCCAACGGCGCUACGACGGAGCUGGAGGUUGAAGCGGAGGAGACGAUCCUUUCGAAGGCCCUUGACUCGGGCCUUGACGUCCCUCACGACUGCAAGCUCGGCGUCUGCAUGACUUGUCCGGCGAAGCUCGUCAACGGCACGGUUGACCAGAGCGAAGGUAUGCUCAGCGAAGACGUCGUGGCGCGCGGCUACACGCUCCUCUGCGUGUCCUACCCGACAUCGGACUGUCGUAUAAAGACCAUCCCCGAGGACGAGCUGUUGUCUCUGCAGCUUGCCACAGCCAACGACUGAGAAGAAGAGGGAUCUUUUUUUUUUUUUUUUUGAGGUGAUAAGUGUUUAGUUGUAUAGGUUCUUAUCUGAUGGUCUGAGAGAGCUUGAUUAAGUCGUUUUUGUCGGAUUCAGACUAACUAUGGAGUUUAAAACGAUGUAAAAGUAGAGUCUUGAUUAUGGAGUUUGAAUGUGAGAUGGG